CUUCUCUCCUCUUUUGCAGUGAACUUGCUCGACACAUCGACCAUCCAUGGGGACUGGGGCUGGCUCACGUAUCCGGCUCACGGGUGGGACUCCAUCAACGAGGUGGACGAGUCCUUCCGGCCCAUCCACACGUACCAGGUGUGCAACGUCAUGAGCCCCAACCAGAACAACUGGCUGCGCACCAGCUGGGUGCCGCGCGACGGUGCCCGGCGCGUCUACGCGGAGAUCAAGUUCACCCUGCGCGACUGCAACAGCAUGCCCGGCGUGCUGGGCACCUGCAAGGAGACCUUCAACCUCCACUACCUGGAGUCGGACCGUGACCUGGGCGCCAGCACGCAGGAAAGCCAGUUCCUCAAGAUUGACACCAUCGCAGCCGACGAGAGCUUCACGGGCGCAGACCUGGGCGUGCGGCGGCUCAAGCUCAACACCGAGGUGCGGGGCGUGGGGCCCCUCAGCAAGCGUGGCUUCUACCUGGCCUUCCAGGACAUCGGCGCCUGCCUCGCCAUUCUCUCUCUCCGCAUCUACUACAAGAAGUGCCCCGCCAUGGUGCGCAACUUGGCCGCCUUCUCAGAGGCGGUGACAGGAGCCGACUCGUCCUCACUAGUGGAGGUGCGGGGCCAAUGCGUGCGGCACUCGGAGGAGCGGGACACCCCCAAGAUGUACUGCAGCGCCGAGGGCGAGUGGCUGGUGCCCAUCGGCAAGUGCGUGUGCAGCGCCGGCUACGAGGAGCGGCGGGAUGCCUGUGUGGCCUGCGAGCUGGGUUUCUACAAGUCAGCCCCUGGGGACCAGCUGUGCGCCCGCUGCCCUCCCCACAGCCACUCUGCCACCCCCGCCGCACAGACCUGCCGCUGUGACCUCAGCUACUACCGCGCAGCCCUGGACCCACCAUCCGCAGCCUGCACCCGGCCACCCUCAGCCCCUGUGAAUCUGAUCUCCAGUGUGAAUGGGACAUCAGUGACCCUAGAGUGGGCCCCUCCCCUGGACCCCGGUGGCCGCAGUGACAUCACCUACAAUGCCGUGUGCCGCCGCUGCCCCUGGGCACUGAGCCACUGCGAGGCUUGCGGGAGUGGCACCCGCUUCGUGCCUCAGCAGACGAGCCUGGUGCAGGCCAGCCUGCUGGUGGCCAACCUGCUGGCCCACAUGAACUACUCCUUCUGGAUCGAGGCCGUCAACGGCGUGUCCGACCUGAGCCCCGAGCCCCGCCGCGCUGCCAUCGUCAACAUCACCACGAACCAGGCAGGUAGGCGGAGCUUCUCCGUCCCCCACUUCCUGGCCCCUGCCGCCCUGGGGCCUGAGCGCUGCCUGGACUUGCUGUCCACCAGCACCUGGAGCCAGACGCACUUCACACUCUUGGAGAAGAGGGAGCCGAGGAAGAAACUGAGGUCCUCUAGUGCCACCCACGUUGGAAGUGGCAGAGCCAGGACUGCAGCCAGGUCUGUUCUAGGCGAAGCGGGCCUCCCACCCCGAUGCAGGACACUUGCUCCCCGACACCAGGGCUUCCUGCAGUCAGGAGAUGCCCUCAUUCAACAAUAUGCGUCAUUACUAAGGGCCACGCUCAGUGCCAGGGGCUGCAGCACCGACAAGGAGAUGCAGAGCUACUCCACGCUCAAGGCCGUCACCACCAGAGCCACCGUCUCGGGCCUCAAGCCGGGCACGCGAUACGUGUUCCAGGUCCGAGCCCGCACCUCGGCAGGCUGUGGCCGCUUCAGCCAGGCCAUGGAGGUGGAGACCGGGAAACCCCGGCCCCGCUACGACACGCGGACCAUAGUGUGGAUCUGCCUGACGCUCAUCACAGGCCUGGUUAUGCUUCUGCUCCUGCUCAUCUGCAAGUGGAGGCACUGUGGUUACAGCAAGGCCUUCCAGGACUCGGACGAGGAGAAGAUGCACUAUCAGAACAGGCAGGCGCCCCCACCUGUCUUCCUGCCCCUGCACCACCCCCCAGGGAAGUUCCCGGAACCUCAGUUCUACGCAGAGCCACACACCUACGAGGAGCCAGGCCGGGCGGGCCGCAGUUUCACCCGUGAGAUCGAGGCCUCCAGAAUCCACAUCGAGAAGAUCAUCGGUUCUGGAGAGUCCGGAGAAGUCUGCUAUGGGCGACUGCGGGUGCCGGGGCAGCGGGACGUGCCUGUGGCCAUCAAGGCUCUCAAAGCCGGCUACACCGAGAGACAGCGGCGAGACUUUCUGAGUGAGGCGUCCAUCAUGGGGCAGUUCGACCACCCCAAUAUCAUCCGCCUCGAGGGUGUCGUCACUCGUGGCCGCCUGGCAAUGAUCGUGACCGAGUUCAUGGAGAACGGCUCCCUGGAUGCCUUCCUGAGGACCCACGACGGGCAGUUCACCAUCACGCAGCUGGUGGCCAUGCUGAGGGGCGUGGGUGCCGGCAUGCGCUACCUCUCGGACCUGGGCUACAUCCACCGCGACCUGGCCGCCCGCAACGUGCUGGUCGACAGCAACCUGGUCUGCAAGGUGUCCGACUUCGGGCUCUCGCGGGUGCUGGAGGACGACCCCGAUGCCGCCUACACCACCACGGGCGGGAAGAUCCCGAUCCGCUGGACAGCCCCUGAGGCCAUCGCCUUCCGCACCUUCUCCUCAGCCAGCGACGUGUGGAGUUUCGGUGUGGUCAUGUGGGAGGUGCUGGCCUACGGGGAGCGGCCCUACUGGAAUAUGACCAACCGCGACGUCAUCAGCUCCGUGGAGGAGGGGUACCGCCUGCCUGCGCCCAUGGGCUGCCCCCGCGCCCUGCACCAGCUCAUGCUCGACUGUUGGCACAAGGACCGGGCCCAGCGGCCUCGCUUCUCCCAGAUCGUCAGUGUCCUCGACGCACUGAUCCACAACCCCGAGAGCCUCAGGGCCACCGCCACCGUCAGCCGGUGCCCGCCCCCUGCCUUCGCCCGGAGCUGCUUUGACCUCCGAGGGGGCGGAGGUGGUGGAGGGGGCCUCACUGUCGGAGACUGGCUGGACUCCAUCCGCAUGGGCCGUUACCGAGACCAUUUUGCUGCCGGUGGCUACUCCUCGCUGGGCAUGGUGCUACGGAUGAACGCGCAGGACGUGCGUGCCCUGGGCAUCACCCUCAUGGGCCACCAGAAGAAGAUCCUGGGCAGCAUCCAGACCAUGAGGGCGCAGCUGACCAGCACCCAGGGGCCCCGCCGGCACCUCUGACCAGGCCGCGUCAGCUGUCGGAGGACUCGCGGAGCUGGCCAGUGGCCAUGCUG